AUGGCGUCCCGCAAGCGCGCUCGCACCUCCUCCUCGUCCUCCUCUGGCGUCACCGUCGUGCUCGCGGGCAGCCCCUUGGGGUCCAAGAUGGCCGCCUUCUGGCGCGCCGGCGACCUCACCGACGUGGUGGUCACUGUCGAGGGCCGCUCCUUCCCUGCCCACCGUCUCGUGCUCGCGGCCGGCGCCGAGUACUUCGAGAAGCUGUUCAAGUCGGAGUGCCGCGACCGCGAGGCCCCGACCAUCAAGGACGAGCUGCCCGCCGCCGCCUUCGAGCCCCUCCUCGCCUUCCUCUACGAGGGCUCGGUCGCCGUGGCCGAGGAGCUGAUCACGCCGCUGCUGCACGCGGCGGACUACCUGGGCGUCGAGCCGCUCAAGGAGGCGGCGGCGGGCGCGCUGGUCGCGCGCCUCGCGCCAUCCAACGCGCUCGCCACGUGGGCGCUCGCCGAGCGCCUCUCGCUGCCGAGUCUGGCCGAGGCGGCCAAGCAGAACAAAGAAGAGGCGACGGGAGGAACCGGCGGAGGAUGCAGUGACGACGACGGCUUGUGCGUGCUCUGCUACGCGCAGCCUCGCGUGCUCCGCUAUCGCCCGUGCGGCCACUGCGUGGCGUGCGAGCGCUGCGCCAUCCGGCACGUGCUCGCACAGCUUCAGGCGGGCGAACUGCGGCCGCGCUGCUCGCACGGCUGCGGCGCGGAGAUUGUGGACGUCUUGCGGGUCGAGCGGGCCGACCCGCCGAUCUUUGAGCGCGACGAGGGCAACGCAAGCUGUCAGCCGGGCGCGCACAGCCUCGAGGCCUUCCUCGAGCGCGCGGCGCAGAAGGUCCUCCGCUGCAGCGUGGCGCAGGACGCGAGCCAGGCGUGGCUGCGCCUGCGCGAGGCGGCCGGCGCGCGGCGGCAGCUCGCCUUCUUCGAGGCGGUCGAGGCGGGCGACCUCGACGGCUGCGUCGCGCUGCGUCGCGCGGGCGCGUCGGUGGCGCAGCUGCUCCGCGAGCGCGGCGCCGACCUGGCCGCCGCCGAUCUGGACGGCCGCACUGCGCUGCACUUCGCAAGCGUCAACGGGCACCUCGAGGCGGGAUGCCUUACCCGCAAUGCCUCAGACAGCCCCGAGAGCGCAGCAUGCCUUGCCAGGGCAGUCGCUCGGUGGCUGGUUGGCGAGGGCGUCGCGGCGGACUCGCGCGAUGCGAUGGGCAGGCGAGCGCUCGAUGACACCGUGCCUUGUCGAUGA